UUAAUCGCCUAAUUGAAUCAUUGUGAGUAGUUUCAGCAAAGUCAACUGAAAUUAUUUGUGUAUUGGGCCAAGCAGAAAAUAGAACGCAAUGGACAUCGAUGCUGAAGUGGGUCAGGCGUACCACACGGUGCAGUUGUCGGCAAAGGAAAUGCUGAAAAACAAUCGACGUCAACAUUAUUGCAACAUGAUAGAUUUGCUGGCCAGCAGCUGCAAAGCAUCCGGUCUGUUAGCAACAUCAUUUACCAAUGAGGAACUUGUCCAGUUUUGGCUUGGCGACAUUUUGCCGCUGAUGUUUGACACAGAUCGGAAUAUACAGAAUUGCACUGUGGCCGCCAUGGCUGAAGCUCUGGUUGCGCUCGACGUGGCCGUCAUACAUGCUGCCAAGUGCUGGCCGCAGGUGCGCAGCGAAUUUGUCAACAAUUAUACGACGCUCAUCGGCGACAUGCGCGAUGCGAAGAACAACAAUUGGCACAAGAUCUGGACGCUUCUGGUGCAGAUCAUGGACAGCGAACUGCUGCGCGGCUGCACCUACAUCAACAAAUUCCUCGCCGUUGUCGAGCUGGGCUUUCGUAAUCCCGACAACGGCGUUCGCUCCGAGGCGUUCCUCUGCUGGCGCGUUCUCAUCAAAAUCUUUGCUGCCUACAAUGAGUUGGCAGCGGGCAAACGUCUCCGCUUGCUACUCAUACCACUGCGCACGUCGCAGUCGCGUUCGUCGCACGUUAGCAGCAUUAAGGUGCGCGUCUGGUGGUAUUUGAUCACCUGUCUGGACACAGAGCUACCCAAAUCCUUUGACAAUGCUGUUGAGUACUUUUUGAGCUUUCUCUUUGGGGGCGGCGCACGUGGAAAUGCGACUGGUCUGGCGCAUACCUAUCAAACGGCUCGAGAGCUGGCGCUGCCCUGCCUGGUAGCCCUGUGGAAUGUGGAGCCGAGAUCACAGUCGCUGGAGCGCAUGCUGCGCGAUAUGCGUCUAGAGGUGCUCAGCCAGCCGUCGCCACUGAUGAGCGCUGAGCUGUUGCAGCAGCAUUGGCGUCCCAUGCUGGCCGCCGCCGUUGUCGCCAUGCAACUGCUCAGCGAGCAGGAGAACAACUCGGCAAGCGAGCAGGAACUGUUGCAUCUGCUGCUGCGCAAUUUAACGAUGGCAAUGUGCCAGCUACGUGUCGCCCCCUUCACAAUUGCCUGCUGCAGCGAGCUGGAGAAGAUGCUGCCCGACAGUGACGGCAGCAUUGUCCGUUCCGUGUUCAAUACAUGCGCUGCACUGGCCAUGCCCCCACAACGUGUUGACUCCCUGGAAGUGCUCGAGGCAUACAUGAAGCUAUGUCUCAAGGCACGCACAGAGGUGCCGCCGGCAAUCCUGCAGCGCUGCGUGUCACUCAUCUAUGCACCGGAGCAGCUGGAAGCGCGGAAUACAAUCGAAUUUCGUCAACUUGGCCAGUUUGCGGAGCUGUUGAUGCAGAGCAACGAUGAGGAGGAUUAUGAAACGUUCGGGGUCAAGUUGCAUAUGUGGCGACAGAUUAGCGUAACGCUGCUCAACUAUUUGCGCGACAAUCCCCUCGAAUAUCGUGUGACGCACAAUGCUACGCUCGUCGAUAACUGGAUCCUGUGGCCUUUGCAGACGUGCGCCAGCUUUGCAGGACGACGCACGCACAACAACUUCUUUGAUGGCGCCUUCUGUGAGCUGUGGCGUCAACUCAUCAACGCCGGCCACAAUGCCAAUGAGCGCAAGAGAUUCGUUGUGGAGCUGAAGACGACGCUGCUCGAUCUACUCAAGCAGAGCAGCAAGGAGGAGUCGCAUUUUGCCGAUCUGUUUGAUAUCUAUGUGGGUGCAGUGCUCAAACUGGGCAUCUGUAAGGAUGCACCACUCUAUAAGGAUGUCUUUGGGCUGCUGCAGGCGGUCCUUGAGCGACCAACGUUGUCGCAAUCGCUGCUCGAAGGCUGCCUGAACACCCUACGCAAUGUCAUUUUGGAGCUGCGCCAGAACGAGCUGAUGGUCGUCUUUGAUGCACUGAAACCCACUCUGGUUGCUGUGCUCCAGUGCUGGACUAAAGGCAAAUGCGAGGGCAGCUUUCUCAACGAAUGGAAACGUUCGAUUCUGGAUAAAUUUCGUAAACUGUCGAUGAAGAGCAUGGCCAAUCAGCUAAAGGAUCUCUUCAAGGGCGAUGAUCUGUAUGUCAUCAUUCCGUCUGUGUGGAGCCUCAAUCCGGAUAAGUUAACCGAUCGCCAGAAGGAGCGCUUUGCCGAGAAAUCGGACAUACCAGCGCUGUACAAUGAUAUGAGCCAGUCGCAGGACUCCUCCAUCAAACCCUGGACACCCAAAAAGGUCGUCAUUGCCAAGAGCAAGCAAUCGGAAUUGGCAAUUGGAGGUGAACGUGAGCAGGACAUUGGCAGUGAUAAUGUUAUUAUUAUUGAUGAAUCACCGCCUGACCUGCUGACAACUCCAGCAGCAUUGAGCACGCCCAGCAGCACAGAGAAAUACAAUUUCCGCAAGCCGCGCACUCAACCGGAAGACGAAUCAUCCAAAUCAUCAACUACUGCUGAGGAGGCUACCACAGUGCGUCAGAAGCGCAAACGUGGCGCGCAAAAGGAUAACAGUCUUGAGCUGCCGACAACAGCUACUGAUAAACUGCGUUCACCCCGGAAGAAGACAGACAGCGCUCCAGCGCCAGCUGCUGCCGGCAAAGCGAGCGCACAAAAGGUCAAGGAAACUGCCAAACUCACCCCUAUGCAGAGCGAGGAUCUGUUUGCUGAAUUUGCCACCCCUACACCAAUAACUGUACCUGCAGCUGCACCUGCAACCGCAACACAGCCGUCUGAGCUGGCCAAGAAAACUGAGCCAAGUGUGCCGGAAACGCAGCUGAGUGUUUCGCCCGAACCAGCUGUGGAGUCGUUGGCGGCCAGCACACAGAUGCCAUCAGAGCUCAUGGCGGAGUCAUCACCCAGAAAGGCAAAUACGCGCCUAUGUAAUUUGAACUCGCCUCCGGAUCGCAAGCAGACAAACAACUCAACAAGUCCAACGCUACGUCCCAAGCCAUCGGCCCAUUUGACUGGCCGUGGAGCGCAGUUGAUAAAUAUGAUACGCAACAAGAAACUCGAUGCUACUGGUGCACCCACGCUCUCCUCCUCUUCCGCCUCCGGCUCAACAGCGACAGCUGCGAGUGCUGCGACGACUCGGAGUCAAGUGACGAACGCUCGUUUAAUCGAACGCUCCGAAUUGAUAGCAACGCCAACCAAUGAGCUCAACGAGCUGGCCACUGCAGUGGAGCACACUUCGACACCCAUUCAGGCCAAGGAUCUCUUAAUAUUCUCGAAGCGAUUGCCAUCGCCAUCGGCCAGUCCAUCGGCCUCAAUAUUGAAGCGCAAAUUGCGCUGCGAGAGCAUGGAUGACUUUGAAUCGCCUGCACAGAAGCGUAAACGUGUCAGUUUCCAUGAUCCGCCCGUGUCCGUGACCAAGGAGUACUUGCGCGAUGUGGAUGAGACGCGCAGCAGUAAACCAAAGCGUUGCCUGUUGCUCGACAAACUCGCACAGACUGCCGGGGGAGGUGGCGGAGGAGGAGGAGGAGUAGGUCAGGAGAUGCGACCAGCAUUGAAGCGACGUGGUCGUUUGGACAGCAUCAUUGAGAUUGAAAAGUUUGCGCACGAACAUACGGCCAGAAGUGCAGAUGUCGAUAAAUCCAUGGACAAGUCACAUGACGCCGUCGAAGAUGAAGCAUUUGUCUCGCUCAAGUGGAAUGAGACAACAAUUACCCACAACAACAACAGCAGUCGCAGCGUGGAGAAGCAGUUGCCGGAUGUGGAGACGGAGGCACCGGUUGCAACGUCAGGCAGUCGUGAUUUGGCCAUAUUGGAUGGCGAGUCGGCGUUGGAUUUGGUCGUGGAGCAAUGCUCGCUGGAUUCAGUGCUGGAGCGUUACUUCGCCAAGCCGAAUAGUACGCCCGCAAAGAGCGCACUUCAUUUGGCCAAAUUUCUAUCGAAUCAAAUGAAAGGCAACGAGAAGCUCAAAACAAAUGUGCUGGAAACCCUCUCAGAGAAUCACUCCAAGGACUUUCUGGAUCAUGCUGUGCGCGAGAAUCUGUCGUCUGUGGUGUGUGAUCGCCUCAAUCCCAACUCGGUGCUGGAGUACAUUUGCGCCAAGUCAAAGAUCAACAACACCUGCCGCAGCAAUCUGUUGGCCCAGGUGCCGGCAAUGAUACGCCUCGAGGCGGAGCGUUUCGCCCUGCUCCAGCAUCUGUUGCAGCAGUGCAGCUUCGCCGAUGACCAGCUCCUCGAUCUCAUUGGCCAGCUGAUACGUAUGCGCGACAAUAAUCCGAGCGCAGAGCGCAACAAUUGCGCAACAGCAGCUGGUGUUGGCAACAAUGUUAAUGAUGACAAUGUGGCCGAAACGGCUGCCGACUCCUCCUCCAAUUUGUGAGUUACUACUUGCAUCAAAGUAUUUUUACACAUACAUACAUAUGCAUACAUAUGUACCACACAUUUGGUGUGCGGCCAUUAUCAACAGUUUGUUGAUAGACGACCUCAUUUAUAUAUCCGAGUUUAAGCAACAUUUUUUAUUAUUAUAAUGCUUUUAUGGUUUACCUUGAUUACAACUAACUAACUACAUGUAACGAAUACACUCGAUUAUUUUUACCCAAGUUGCUAUUUUCUUACGAAGUUUAUUUAUAAUGUUCCUCUUUAAA